GAGCCCCCAGCGCACUGCCUCAGGGUUGCGCUCGCCUGCUCGCUCGCGCUCGCUAGCCCGACGACGCGGGAGCCGCGCGAGCCGGACCAAGCUCGCCUUGCUCCCGGCCGCCGAGCGGCGGCCCCCUGAGGCGGGGCCCUUGGUUCUCCGCCCGAAGACGGUCGGGUUCGCCUUAUCUACGGCUCCAGAGCGGCGGCGGCGGCGGGAAAAUGAAGAACGAAAUUGCUGCUGUUGUCUUCUUUUUCACAAGGCUAGUUCGAAAACAUGAUAAGUUGAAGAAAGAGGCAGUUGAGAGAUUUGCUGAGAAGUUGACUCUGAUACUUCAAGAAAAAUACAAAAAUCACUGGUAUCCUGAAAAACCUUCAAAAGGACAGGCCUACAGAUGCAUUCGUGUUAAUAAGUUUCAGAGAGUCGAUCCUGACGUCUUGAAAGCCUGUGAGAACAGCUGCAUCUUGUACAGUGACCUGGGCUUGCCAAAGGAACUCACUUUGUGGGUGGACCCAUGUGAGGUGUGCUGUCGGUAUGGAGAAAAAAACAAUGCUUUCAUUGUUGCCAGCUUUGAAAAUGAGGAUGAGAACAAGGAUGAGAUCUCUAAGAAAGUUACCAGGGCCCUUGAUAAGGUUACCUCUGAUUAUCAUUCAGGAUCCUCUUCUUCAGAUGAAGAAACGACAAGUAAAGAAAUGGAAGUGAAAUCCAGUUCAGUGACUGCAACCCCAGGUCCCAUGUACCAGAUUUCAGAACUUAUAUUCCCACCUCUUCCUAUAUGGCACCCUUUGCCCAGAAGAAAGCCAGGAAUGUACCGAGGGAAUGGUCAUCAGAGUCACUACCCUCCUCCUGUUCCAUUUGGUUAUCCGAAUCAGGGAAGGAAGAAUAAUAAACCUUAUCGUCCAAUUCCAGUAACAUGGGUGCCUCCUCCUGGAAUGCACUGUGACCGAAAUCACUGGAUUAAUCCGCACAUGUUAGCACCUCAUUAGCUGCUUUUGAUUCUAUUGGUGUUGAGAGAAGGUAGAAUAAGCCUGACUACAUAUUAAAAGUUAAAAGUUCAUACUCAUAGUAGUAAAGUUAGAUGGGUUAAACCAUCAAACUUAUUUUUAUAGAGAAGUUAUUGAGAAUAAUCUUUCUUAAAAAUAUAUGCACUUUAGAUAUAUUGAUAUAGUUUGAGAAACUUUAUUAAAGUUAGUCAAGUGCCUGAGUUUUUAAUAUUGGACUUGAGUAUUUAUAUGUUGUGCAUCAACUCUGUUGCAUACAAGAACACUGUAGGAGUGGACGAUCUGUUCUAGCACCUUGGAGCAUUUACUUUGUGGAGAGUAUGUAAGUUAUUUAUACACAAGGAAAUAUAUUUUAUGUUACUGUUUAGAAGAAUUGUGUGAAAUCAUGUAGUUGCAAAUAAAAAGUAGUUUGAGGCAUGA